UUUUCUUUCUAAUUCUAAUUAAAUGUUAAAGUAAUUACAUAUCAAAUAUAUUAGUAUUUUUAGUAUAUACAAAAUAUUUGUCAUACAUUAAAUCGAUCGUUAGGUUACUCGUGAAGUGAGUGAAAUAACCUAAGAAGCUUAUAUACGAAUAUUACACUAUUUCCCUACAGUGUUAUUUCCCUAUAGUGCUUGUAGUUCAUAUUUUGUCUAUACUUAUCACUAAAGUUACUCACGCUUCGAGCGCAAUUUAAGCAAGUUUAAUUAUAUUCUUCAUAGAAUUUUUACAUAAUGACAAUUUCUAUGAUAAAACGAUUAACUUCUGCUUUUCAAAAAAUUGAGCAAACAUUACACAUAAUUUUUAAUCGUAGAUUUCCUCCAGAAGCAUUAUGUGCAAUAGAUUAUAAUGGGUUAAAUCUUCCAUGCACUGUAAACAAUCGUGGUCGAUUUUCUCUAAAAGACAUCAUUGGAGAUGGAUUUUUGUGGGGAGUUCCAACAUUAAGACGUACCAUUGAAAAACGUAUGAGUAGAAGAUAUGGACAUCCAAAAUAUAACUGGAAACCACCUAUUCCAAAAACUAAUAUUUUGAUGUGUCCCAAUUGUGGUAGUCAUCACGAGGCUGGACUUUUAUGUGGAUAUUGUUAUGAAAAAGUAAAAAUAGAAACAAAAGAAAUCCAAGAUGCCAUCCAACAAAAAUUAGGAUUAAGUCCAGUUGAGGAAAAUGUCAUUGUUAUUUAUGAAGGAGAAAAAGAAGGCAAGACGGAUGACUUCUGGAAGAACCAGAAAGUAAUAGAGAUGCCAAAGAAACGACCUGAAUGGUUUCAUGAAAAUCUUCUUGAACCAUCUACAGUUGAACCUUCCGAUAGUAAGGAUAUAAAACCGUCACAACUUGCUUAAAACAAUUCAAAGUAUUUUCUAUAGAAGUUAUUUGAACAUUUAUUGUACUCCUUUUUUUAAUGCUAUUUUAAUCAUUACAGAGAUUUAAUUUUUAUUAAACAAUCUAUAAUAUCUUUGUAAUGUCAGUAUGUUAACUUGAUUUGAUUUAGAAAUAUUUUUUAUUGUGAAAAUAAGUAGUAUAUUUGUAAAUAAUUUCUAUAUCCAGCAGUAUGCAAGAUACAAAUAUAUAAUCUAUAGUAAAAUAUUUGUUGGCUAUUCAUUCUUCAUAAUGAUGCAAUAAUGUAUCAACAUUUUAUAGAAUUCACUGAUUGAAAACAAUGUUAUAAAUAAGGCAAAUAGAUCUAUGAGAAUUAUCAAUUAUUUACAUAUUUUACUAUCUUGUACUUAUCCAACAGUAACUUAGACUGCAUUAAUAAAUUGACAACAGAUUUGAUAGAAUUGCUUUUCAUCACUUUUCUAUACAUAGGAUUAAUGUACAAGUUCAAACCCAUCUACAGAUGUAUCUUUCGUAAAAUGACUCAAAACAUGUUCAUGAAAUUCUGCAAAUGGGAUAGACUUUCCAUAAAAAAAUCCACAUAAUGGACAAAUUUUAUCAUCAGUAUCUGAAUUUUCAGUAGCACAUUUUUCUAAAGAUAAACUUAUUGGUGGUAAACUUGUUUGUGUUGAACCAUGUUCUUGAAAACUGUCAGCUGAAUUAAAUUGUAUUCCUAUAUGCACAACUUUUUUAUUCGCAUUUUUACGGCAACCAUUACACAUUCCUCCUAUAAAAAUAUUAUAUGUUGUACCUUACAAAAUGAUGCUUUGAAAGAUAACUAAAAAAAGAUGUUAUUUAUAUAUAUGAAUUUACAUACCUCUUUUAAUUUUUUUCAUAUUCUGUAUAGCUCUUUUCAAUCUAUUCUGUUGUGCUAAUAAGGCAUCCUUUGUUUGUGAUAAUCUUACAUCAUGUUGUUUUAAUUGUUCUAAUGAAUCUGUAUCAGAAUCUUCUGGAUAAGUGAAACCAAUAUUUUGUAAAUUUAAGUCAGCGUUGUUUUGUAAUUCUACCAUCUAAUACAUAAAAUUGUUAUAUUAUUUUAUGAUAAAUAUAUAUUAUAUGAUAAAUA